AUAAUUCAUAUAGUUGUACACGUAUUUUGAUUUCGUUGCCGGGUAAAACUAAAGGGUAAAUUUCUAAGUUUCCAAGACAAGUCGAUCAGAAAUAAUACCAACUUCGUCGUAUUUCAAUUUUUAUCCAAACUCAGGGAACGGAGUUCCUUUUGUCAACGGAAUUCCGUAUUUCCUCUUCGUGUUUUUAUUUAAAAUUUUACCUCAAAUUUUCUUAUUUGAUUUUACAGUAAAAAUCAUUAUGGCAUGGAACGUGUUCAAAUUCUGUACCGCGUUACGUGCCUUUGGUUCGAUUAUGAUUGUUUUCUUUCUUGGGCUUGUUGGGGUCACUUAUUACGCUGCGGUCGUUGCUUAUUAUGGUCCACAUCUCUUUCGUGGAGGCUUUGAUACGCUUAUUGCUGUUGCAUUUCUCUUCUUGUUUCAUCUUCUGCUUGUAAUGGUACUAUGGACUUACGCUACUGUUGUUCUAACGGAUCCUGGGGGUGUUCCACUAAAUUGGAGGCCUCUUAGGGAGGAAGAGAAAGGUGAUGCUGAUCCUUUGGUAGGUUUAGGUUAUGGAAUUGCAAAAAUUGGCACAAAUCAGUCAGCUGUGCCUGGUGAUUUCAAAAACCUAGACAUAGGUUUCUGCUUGAAGUGCAACCGAUUGAAACCACCUCGCGCCCAUCAUUGCUCUAUUUGUAAUAGAUGUAUAUUAAAAAUGGAUCAUCACUGUGGUUGGGUCGCUAACUGUGUCGGGGCGUUGAACUACAAGUCUUUCCUUCUUUUCUUGUUUUACACAUCUCUUGCGGCAAUACUCGUCUGUUUAGCCUUAUUGCGGGUGUUUAUGGAAAUUUUUAAUGAUGAUGAGGUAGAUUUAACACCAGGAAAACUUGCAGCUACUUUCAUCGCAUUUGUCUUAAAUUUGGCAUUUGCAGUAAGUGUGCUGGGCUUUCUGAUUAUGCACAUAACAUUGGUCGGAGCUAACCGGACCACUAUUGAGUUUCAAGCAAAAGAUAAGAAAACCGGUCUUACAUGGCGCUAUGACCUUGGUUGGAAGAAAAAUUAUGAACAGGUGUUUGGUACAGAGAAGAAGCUGUGGUUAAUUCCAGUGUAUUCAAAGGACGAUAUAAGGAGGAUGCCAGCCCUACAGGGUUUCGAAUAUCCAACAAGACCCAACUGGGAUCCUCAGCAUUAACUUAAAAGAGUUUUACAAAACAAGCUUUCAAGUAUACCGUAAAUUAUGUUCAUCAUUGAACCAAAAUUGAUUAUUUGUCCUGAAGUUUUCAUUUGUAUUUUUUUAUUUUUUAUUUUACUGAAUUUUGGUGGUAAUAUGAGUAAAGUUAACACCAAAAGGUAUCGCAUAUGUAUAAAUUCAUUUCAUUGUAUAAAUGUAAAUGUAUAAAAUCAUAGAAAAACAUUUUGAUUAUUUAAUUUAUUAGGCGUUAGAUAUCCCGAACUACUCUUUGUACUGCUUUUGUUAUAUGAUUUAUAUGGUGUAAAAUAGGCCUAUAUAAAGAGUCAGAUUGUAUUUUACCCUUUUUAUUUAUAAAAUGAGUAAAUUGGUCUUCAUACAUUAGAUGGAAAAGUAAAUUGAUCCUUUUUUGUUAAAAA